AUGGCGUGGCCAAACCACGCAUCAAACAGUCAACAGAUUAACACCCAUGGCAACAUCAAUGGCAACAUCAAUGGCAAUAGCGCGGGCAAUAACGCGGGCAACAGCACUGGAAAAACCAAUGGCAAUGGUGCCUUUCAUAGCAGGCAAACCAGCGAAAGCCGCAUCACCAACGGCAUAGCUUUGGCCGCGGAGCUCGCUGGGUCCGCCGCCAUAACCAGCCCGCCUUCCAGCCAGCUGUCUGUCGACAGCAGUUCCGGACGGCCGGCUUUCAAAAACCCGUUGGGCGCUUGGAAGUCGCCAUCACCGCCGGCGAAACGUCAGAAGACGACGGGGCAUACUGGGUCAGCAGCGGCAGCGGCAGCGGCAGCACCAACACCUAUUUCGGCCUCGGUAGGAGUUGGAGGCGGCCUCCAGGCCCCUUCGUCACAACCAUUUUCCCAGUCAUCCCCUCUAUCACUCCCGCCAAAGUCGCCACAGCCAUUGUUGCACAAGCUAAAGAGCCCAGGCACGUUUUCGCCCGGCCAGCCGACGCCGGGCGCGACGUCAACACCGGCACGUGCCCCGGCGCAAACGCCAAUACGGCCGCCAGUGCGGCCCGUGGACUCGGCGAGCACUGCGGCCAAACGACGCAUCUCUGCCCCCGUCAAAGUGCGGGAAGCUGCAGAGAACAACCGGAUUGUUCUCAUCAUUGAUAGCGACGACGAUGACGAUGACAACGAUCGUGUCGGCGCCAGAAACACAGGCCCGACUCCUGUCCCGGUUCCGGUCGUUCCUACCGCUCAGGCGAGUGCCCUGCCAAAACACCCUUUAAACCCUCCCGUCACGCCCAUACCUCUUCCUCUUUACGGCCGUCUGUCAGGCUCGCCAAGCGUAACCAAAGCGUUCAUAAUGCACACGGCGAACGCAAUUACCUCGCGGCCAAAAAGCCCAUUUGAACCCACCCCUGUCAAACGACGUCCAUCGGACGACAGUAUCAUCAACAUCAACGACAGACUUCACAUCACCCCCCAAGCACGGCCAGCGGCAAGCCAGGGGGCCUCUUUCCCCCCCGCAACGCCUAUACUAGUGACGCCCGCGAGGCCUGUCACGACGACUGGCCCAACAACGUACGGGGCGCCAGCACCGGCCCCGCCGCCGUCUGCCAUUGCAGCCUACGUCCCGUCGGACAUUGCCAGCCCUGUCAUCCACCGCCAUGAGCCACGUUCGACGAGGAAGCCCAUCGAGGAGCACCUCGAGCCGGCCGUCAACGUCGACAUAACACCGGUAAAGUCGAACACGCCAAUGCUAGUGUCUCGGAAGCAGUCGAAAGGCCAACGCAAAGGCCAGCAACCAAAGACGCACCAGCACUUUGUUCGCUACGCCCACCUGACUCACCGCCCCUACCUGCGCUCAUCCCACCGCCGCUUCGUGGCACAAAACUACCACGAACUACCGAACCUGCUUGGCUUGCCUCUGACUACCCAACAAAGAGGACUAUCCGCCGCCGCCGUCGCCGAUCCUUCUCCUUUUCAGUCUCCUUCUCCAUCCGUUGUCAUUCACGUUGAUUUCUUACCAGAUGAAAUCCACCAUCUGCUCGACGUCGUCCGCUUCGUCCACACCAACGCCGGCAUGGGCGUGGGCGUGGGCGUGGGCAGGUCGUCAAAACAAUCCGUUGGCCAGAAACACUCGUCUGCGGAGCGAGAGCUGAAGAGUUUGUUGCGCCGCCAGCCACCCGAGUUUGAACAGCUCGUUGUAAACAGCACCACGCCUGCUCGCCUUCCAGGACGUAGUCAAAAGGACAUCUUCAGCUUUCUGAUCGAUGCCCGUGCUGGCAGCAUCAACUAUAACGACGGUAACAGUGGAAGUGUCAGUAGCAGCGGUAGCUACAGCAGCAACAAGAGCCGAAGCAGUCUCUUCAACGCAGAGGCACUGGCUCCGGCUCUGGGCGGACCGUCCGCAAUAGUCAUGAAACGCAGCGACCGUGCUGCCUACUCACUACAGGAAGCACGGGCGGAGCGCGCCACAAAGCUCAAUACAUUCAUUAUGAUGCGUGAAGUGGCCGGCCAGCGGCCCGUCCAAGGCCGCUCGCGCCAGCUACUCAACUUUACCAACGCAGUCCGCACCGUCCGCGAGGACGGCUUACGCCUGAGAAACGAGUGGACUAACCUCGCCGGUGACGUCACGACUGUCUCGUGGACCUCAAAAGACGCCUUCAUCUGCGGCACCACCACCCACAUGGACGAGCGAAACCACCAAUACAACCGCCAGGGCAACCUUGCUCUGGGCUCAGUCAGCGCUGGUACCCUCCGUGGCUACCCGGACCACCGCAUCGUCCGAACCCGUGCCAUUACGACUUUAACAAACCCGACGAACCCGACGCAACAACAACAGUCCGGCGCCGACGAUCCGUGGCUAUACACCUCCGUCGUCUCGUCCGACUACGAUGCCACCCACGAUUUGGCCUUCACAUCCGGCUUCGACAACAACGUAAUCGUGUGGAAGGUGAGCAAGGACGGUACCUCCAUGGCCCGCCAGGGCGUCUGGCGGCACGAGGGCAAGGUCAACUUCGUCGUUGCCUCCAGCGGUAUACACUGUCUUGUGGCCACCGCCGCCGACGUCCCCGUCCAAGCCGUGCGCGUCUACCGCCUGCCUAGCGUGCAGGAGCGCAUGCAAGGCAACCGCCAAAUCUCCUAUAAGAUGUUCUCGUGCUCGCGCAUCGUUGACCUCGAGGGCCGCCCCGUCCUCACCGACAAGUGGGCCUACUUCCCUGCCGCGAUCCGCUGGGGUCUGUCCGAAACUACACGCCACCUGCUGCUGGUCGGCUACUCCCCCCGCGGCCUCGACAUCAACGCCGAGGACGAUGACAUUCCUGAAGAUCGCCGGAAUUCGGGCGAGCUCUGUCUGUGGGACGGCCUAACAGGCGAGCCCUGGCGCAUCCUCGGCGCCAGCUCCCAAAACGUCUUUGAGGUCGCCUGGCACCCCACCCAGGCCUGCUUCGUCGCCGCCACCGCGCCCACCGUGCACCAGGCUCUCGAGCAAAACGCCCGCACCCAGAUCCGCAUUUUCCGGCUGUCUGUCAACAGUGAGUAUGGCGGGCGCGCCUACAGCGAGGUCCAGACGCUCGACUGCUACGCCGAUGACAUCAACGAGCUGGCCCUACGGCCCAACAGUUUUGGUUUCCUGUACGUCGCCGCCGGCUGCACCAACGGCCACACCUAUGUCUGGGACACGUCGCAGGGCGACUACCCCAUCUACGACCUAGGCCACGACGCGUGCAUCGAAGAGCAGGCGGGCGAAAAGAUCUCCGUCGAGGACACCGGCGUCAAGUUUGUUGCCUGGGGCGAGACCCCAGACCGGCUGUACACGGGCUCGUCGGACGGGGCAGUCAAAGUGUGGAACAUUCGCACACAUGGCGGCUCGCGACUCUCGCCGGCUGUGCGCAACCUCUUGCAGUGCCCGGCACCCGUCUCGUUUGGCGCCUUCUCGCCCGACAAGUCCAAGCUUGCCAUUGGCGACGCCAGUGGCCGCGUCUCCCUCCUGUCCGUCGAAGACGGUGUGGAGGAGGACGACGAGGACGGCAGUUUCUUGAGUGACGAAGAAGAACAAGAAGACGAUUUUGCUGGGACAAAGAAGACGCCCCAAGCUGCCCGUGUCAAUGGUAACCUCCAGCACAGCCAUCCUGCCCAUCUCGCGUUCAAGCACCACCCGCCUGAAGUCAUACGCCAUGCGACUCCUCCGCCACCAUCAUCGCCUCCGCCGACCGCGGGGCAAAACCCCCUACAGCAGACACCACCAUCUGCCGCCGCUAUCACUUCCACUGCCACUACCACUGCCACUGCCACUGCUGCCAAUGGCGAUGAAGAAGACGAAAACGUUGCCAUUGCGACAUCCCGGGCUUUUCUGUCCUCGGGGCAACUUGUCAUCGUGCCCGACCCCACCGUUGGCGCCGUCAAGGGCCCGAACUACGCCGACACCAAUCUGUUUUGUACCGAGUACCACCAGGACAAACGGCCCGAGCUGCCCUUGCUGGCCGAGUACGAGCGCGUCCAGCAGGAAAACCAGCCACGCGCCAACACGUCCCCCUCCCGGCAGCGAGCCUUGCGCAGUGUCUAUCCGGACGUGGCGCCUGCCACCAUAUUCGGUUCCUCUGCCUCCGGCGUGUCCGUCCUCGGUGCUCCAGACCCAUUGCAGGCCCUGCAGCGACAAAAUACCAUCCGUCGUGUCCAGGUGCUGCACGCCAGAAAUAUAGCGUGCGACCUUGACGUCAACAGCCUGCCCGUCGAGACCCGCGAAGCCCUUGAGCUGGCGGACCGCGCCGCGCUGCUUCACAUUGAUGACGACGACUACGACUACGGCUUUGACUACGAAGAGGUGCCGGACACUGUUUGA